UCAGACUUUAUAACUCUGGGAUGCAGAUGGGGAAAUGGCCCAAUUACCCUUCUACAGUAAAUUCCUCUCUUUAGUGCCAUGCGGUUUACUACUGUUCGGCUGCUCAAGAUGAGUCCCUCAGAAAACAGGAUCUUAGCAGGGCUUGGAAAGUAACAAUUUUCUGGAAUGACCUGGUUUUGGCCAAAACUUUUGCUUCUUUCAGGCACACAGUUCCUUGUGUGUUAUCCCCUGCCCAGCCUUUCAGUGCUGCUGUUCAGAGAUGUCCGUACUUUGCUCAAGCCAGAAUUCCAUUCACAAAUUUAAUGCAGUUUGGUUUGGAGGAUGCUGUCUUGCAUCCUGCCAAACAGUGGCAAAAUGAUUUACUGAAGUACAGACGCUAUUUUUACCUGCAAUGUGAACCACUUCUGUAUGUGAACAUCAAUCCAUCUUGUUACAUAGUGAGUGUGUUAAUUCGGUAGGCAGCUGUAGGGCAGCAGCAGGAUGCAGGGACCAAGUUCAGUGAGAGGGAUGAUCAGUGCAUCUCCUCAUACACAUCAGCCAAAACCAGUGCCAGCCUCCUGCUACCUGUGCUGAGCAUUGGUUGCAAACCUUUUUCCCUGCCUUGGAAGGAAAGUGAUGUCAGUGAUGCUGCCUUGCUGUAAAAGCAAAGAUGAGAAACCUGGGAAAUCUCCCUGGCUAUCAGUAGCAUUCCUUUGCUUCACCUCAGGUAGUUUUUUUCCCUCUUCUUGGCUUUGGCUUAUUUAAUCUCUGUGAUUAGGAGCUCCAGAAUCAAUAAAAGUAUUGCUCUAUCUUUGUGCUCCAAAUGUCUGUUUGUCACUUCAGACCAGUAGGAACCAGUUUAAAAGAUUGAGGUAGGAUUUUCACUAAAAGUAAGUAACUUGCAGUUAGAGCUAUCUUCAAUUUCAUUUCCCCCAAGCAAAAUCUAAUGGCUAUUUGGAACAAGGCUGUUUUAAUAACAUCUGUUUCCCCUUCAAUCACCAGGGGAAAAGUACUGAUAUUGCCAAAUUCUUAGGGAGUUUUAAGUCACAUUUUGACAGGGCAAUGCCUUACCACAACACUGAUAGUUAAAAUGUUUAGGAUAUUUUGUAGUAUUUUCCUUUAUAAUGCUGUGAUAGCACAUAUAUUGUAAAACACAGCUGUUACAAGGUUUUUAUAUGCUUAUGUGGAACAUUUCCUGAUGUCUGGGGGAAAAUGUCAUGCUCUAGCUUGCUAUCCCAGUCUGUGUGCUGCUUGUACCUGCUGCAACCAAACCACACAAACCAAGUGUUUCAUUAUCAUUCCCACUUACCAUUUGUGGAAGCAAUAGUGAGUAUGACAUAUGAACACAUUCAGAUUCUUCGAAAAUAUCUGAGAAAGUACUGGGAAGAUUUCAAUGAGGUUAAGACUGUUUUCUGUGGAUGUGUUUUGGCUUACAGACUGUUGCAUAGCUGUCUGGUCCACAGGCAGCCUUUUCUAUCCAGAGCUGCCCAAGCCCUGUAUUGGGGGCCAUGUUGAUCAGCCAGCCACAUUGGUAAAAUUGGGAUUUUCAAAAGUUAAAAUACCUUUCUUCUUUCUUUUCCUGAAGCACCUACUUUGAAUUCCAAGUGCUUGGUUCCCAAGGGUCGGGUUCAGGAGAACCUGAUGAUUCCAAGCGCUCCUGUGGCUUGUUCAAAGUCUCAAAGCAAAUCAGCUGAGCGUGAACCGGGUCUCCUCAUCAGUGCUGUGGUACCUGCUGCUGUGAUUUUGGCUCUGAGAGGAUGGAGAAGUCACGGCAGCUGUGCAGAAGCCACUCUCCCACCCCUGGGAGCUCUGGUGCCAGGGGGAGCUCGGGCAGGGCAGUGCGCAGUGAUGGGAGGUGCUUCCUGUGACUGAUACUCCCGAUGCCUUCAAAGAAGCAGACGGGGCUGAAUGGGAAGAUGAGUCAGAGGGUAAAACCCCAGGCUGUGGUACUCAGGAGUUCUCUUCAGCUCUGGGAUGCUCGUACUUCCCCCUGCAGACAUACCGAGAGUGUGCAGUUUCUAUUCUUCUGUCUUCACAUUUCUUCACUUUGCAGCUGGGACAGGUGGUUCCCAGGACAUUUUUCUCCCAUCCAACAGCACCACGGUCCCUUUUCUCCCAUCCAACAGCACCAGGGCAUCCUCCAGUCUGUUGGAGCUUCUUCCCUUGACAGUGCUCUUGCAGAGGAAGAGACAUUUGGAUGCAAAUCUUGCACAGACAAAUUUCCAUGCAAAACUGCGUGAUCCAAAUGCACCCACUGUAACUACUGGGAUCGGGAAAAGCUGGUAGAAAGACAAUUAAAGUUUUUUAAAAAAUCUGUGAGAAUUGUUUUGUUGCAUUUUUUUUUUCAGCCUCUGGGUAGUUGUCUGUCCUGAGGGUAAGGACUGACUGGUACUGGGAUUAGAAGAUGUGUGGAUAUUCAUAUAGCAGUGCUUUGGUGCUGGGAUGAGUUUUCUGGACAUGAAGUGUAAUGUUCAAUUUCUUUUAUUACAGAUGGAAGAAAAACGACGCAAGUACUCCAUCAGCAGUGAUAACUCGGACACCACUGACAGUCACACCACAUCCACCUCCAGAUGCUCCAAAAUUCCGAAUACCAAAUCCCCCUGGUCACGGCAGAAGGAGAAGAAGCCCUCUGAGGUUUUCCGGACGGAUCUGAUAACAGCCAUGAAGAUCCCUGACUCCUUCCAGCUGAGCCCUGAUGAGUACUACGUUCUGGCUGAUCCCUGGAGACAAGAGUGGGAGAAGGGUGUCCAGGUGCCAGCAAGUGCUGAGGCCAUCCCUGAACCUGUGGUCAGGAUCAUCCCCCAGCUGGAGAGCUCUCUUUCACAGGUCUCACCGAGCAGCCUGCCUGUCUCUGAGAUUUCAGAAGCUACAAGGACUUACUUGCAAGGAAUGAGCCGCUAUGACCUGGACGAGCUCGAUGCCUGCUGGUUGGAACUUGUUAACAUGGAGCUCAAGGAGAUGGAAAAGCCUGAGCUGGACGAGAUCACCCUGGAGCGAGUGCUGGAGGAGCUGGAGACCAUGUGCUACGAGAACAUGAACAUCGCCAUCGAGACCGAGGAGGGCUUGGGCAUCGAGUACGACGAGGACGUGGUGUGUGACGUGUGCCGCUCGCCCGAGGGGGAGGAUGGCAACGAGAUGGUUUUUUGUGACAAGUGCAACGUCUGCGUGCACCAGGCGUGCUAUGGCAUCCUGAAGGUCCCCAUCGGGAGCUGGCUGUGCCGCACCUGCGCCCUCGGCGUCCAGCCCAAGUGUCUGCUGUGCCCCAAGAGGGGCGGAGCGCUGAAGCCCACCCGGAGCGGCACGAAAUGGGUCCACGUUAGCUGUGCCUUAUGGAUACCUGAAGUUAGCAUUGGAUGUCCUGAAAAAAUGGAACCCAUUACGAAGAUCUCACAUAUCCCAGCAAGCAGAUGGGCUUUGUCCUGCAGCCUCUGCAAGGAGUGCACUGGGACAUGCAUUCAGUGCUCCAUGCCCGCCUGUGUCACCGCAUUCCACGUCACCUGCGCCUUCGACCACAACCUCGACAUGCGGACCAUCCUUGCAGACAACGACGAAGUCAAGUUCAAGUCCUUCUGCCUUGAGCACAGCACUGGGGCCACCAAGUUGCCCGAGGAGGCACGGACAGAGCCUGACCAAGCCCAGCUGGACUUGGAGAAGGUCACGCUGCGGAAGCAGAAACUCCAGCAGCUGGAGGAGGACUUCUAUGAGCUCGUGAAGCCUUCCGAGGUGGCAGAGAACCUUGAUUUAAGUGAAUCACUGGUGGACUUUGUCUACCAGUACUGGAAGCUGAAGAGGAAAGCAAACUCCAACAAACCGCUGCUGACACCAAAAACGGAUGAAGUGGACAACCUGGCUCAGCAAGAGCAGGAUGUUCUCUACCGACGCCUAAAGCUCUUCAUGCACCUCAGGCAAGACCUGGAGAGGGUUAGAAAUCUCUGUUACAUGGUGACAAGACGGGAGAAAAUGAAACACACCAUUUGUAAACUGCAGGAGCAGAUCUUCCAUCUCCAGAUGAAGCUUAUUGAGAAAGAUCUUUACCCAGAACAAACUGGGAAGAAGACAAAGGGUAAGAAAAGUGACCCAAGAAGGAAAGGAAGAGAUGGUAGAAAAAAUAGUCCUGAGAAGACAGAGAAAAGGAAAUCGGUCAACGAAACUGUUUUGGGACAGCUGGGGUUGUCAACGUCCUUCCCUAUUGAUGGGACCUUCUUCAACAGCUGGUUGGCACAGUCGGUGCAGAUCACUGCAGAGAACAUGGCCAUGAGCGAGUGGUCACUCAACAAUGCCCACCAUGAGGACAGUACCCCUGGCCUCUCCGAGGAGCUCCUCCAGGAUGAGGAGACCUUGCUGAGCUUCAUGAUGGACCAUUCCCUCAGGUCCCCAUUCAGGCAGAGUGAGACCACAAAGAAAGUGAAAAGCAGAACGAGAACGAACACUAAGAAAAAGCUGCCAAGGAGCAGCCCCUCUGCAGUGGGUGGGGGCCACCUGGAGGGCUCGGAGCCCUGGACUAACAAUGCCAGCAGCGUGUCGGAUGACCCCGCCAAGCCCUUCCCGCUGGAUUCCAGACCGAGCAAGUCGGAAAAAGGGGCAGCAAAGCUUCCCACCGACCGCAGAGGGACGGGCGAGGCCAAAAAGGUGUCCAGGAAGGGCUCUCUCCAGAAGGCCAGUGAGCCUCAUCCCCCUGCUGGGACACGGGGCUGCGUCAAUGAGGAGGAGGAGGAGGAGGAGAUGCCGCGCUGCGCUCAGACGGAGCCCAGCCCCGCGGCCAAAGUGCCUGACUCCAUAGGUAGCCCCAAAACCAUCGUGCGGUUCAAAUUACCAAAGGAGAGCCGGGGCACGCGGCGCUCGCAGCCCCCCAAGGCUGAUGGCGCUGGCGGAGCUCCCUUGCGUCGCUUCGACGCCGACACGGACGGAUACUUCUCCGACGCCGAGAUGAGCGACUCGGACGGGGAGUCCCGCGGCAGCCGGGCGCAGCGGGGCCAGCUGGACGCGGCCGGCGAGGACAUCGUCAGGAUGAGCAUCCUGGCGUCCUAACUCCUCCGACCGCGCCGGCUCCAUGAGGCCUCAACCCAGUUCCAACUGCCAUGUCCAAUUUCUGCCUGGUAUCACGGCGAGGGGGGUUUUUAAUAUGUGUAUAUAGUUGGAAAUUCGGCACUGUUGUCUUUCUCUUCUCGAUACGCCUGAGAUACAGCUUCAGCUUCACCGACAUCGACGACUAUGACAGCAGUGGUCCCUCCCCGGCUCCCUGCCAGACCCCACUUGCUGGGAACGUGAGGCAGCACCUGCCAGGACCGACGUCGAGGGCGCUGAGAGGGUGGAGGGUGCCGGUACCCGUGCUUUCUGCAGGGAUGACAGUUCAAUUAAUGGGCAUUAUUUAACGAGGGGCAGAUUUCUGCCUGGGACGGUUGCCCUCAGAGCAGGGAGCGAGUAGAGGGUCCGGCAGUGGCCAGCUGUGGGAGGGGAAAUUCCCACCUGUGUGUGUGGAGAGAAGGAGGCAAAAUAAGCGAUUCUAAAAUAAAUAAUGACUAAAGCACAAAAAGCUUGUUGGAGGAAAACGCUUGGGGUGGAAGAGAGCAAUGUUACAUUUCUAUUUUUAGGGAAAAAACCUCUUAGUCAUUAUUUUCCCCCUCACCUUUCCAUCUGGUUGGGAUCCGUCCAGGGGCCAGGAUGCAAAAGUCCUCCCUGUCCUUGCCCCCACUGAGGUUCUUAAAAACACUGAAGUGAUUACUCAGGUGAAUGGAUCAGCAAGUGGAAAGUGGAAAUGUGGGGCUGGAUGGAGGAGGAAAGUGUCCUUUAAAACCACCGUGGGGAGUCAGGGUUGUUGUAACCCAGGAGGUUGAGCAAUUUUUUUGCCCAUGUUUCCCUCCAGUGCUGCCGUGGUCUCACCAUGCCAGGGCAGCACAUUUGAAAUCCCCCUUGCAAACCAAAACCAUGGCCCCAAGGCCAAAUGUGCUGUCACUGAGGGGAAAUGGCAACCCUUGCCACAACCAUUAUGUUCUCCUUCUAAAUGCUACAAUGGAAAUGGUGAAUUUAUUCCUCUCCAUCCUUUGUUUUGGUUUGUUUGGGUUUUUUUUACCUUAAAUCCUGGUUACAAGCUGUUGACUCGUUGUGGAGGGGUGAUUCACAGAAGCUGACAUUAUAAAUAUUACAAUAAUUUAAUGCAUAAAAUGUCCCCAAUAAGCCUUAAAUGUUGUUUAAAAGCCCAUGUUACCUAUAAGUCAGGCGAAUUUCCAUGUUUGCACUUAAUUGCACCAUUACUUCGGUUUUGGCUUCAAAGGUCACAGUUAAGUCAUGCUACGUGUUUUAUUGGAGUGACCCCAGUGUGAGCUCAGGGAACAAAAAAAAAAAAAAAGGAAUUCACUGAAACUUUUGUUGUUGUUGUUUUUUAAAAAUUAAAAAUGUUUUAAAAAAAGCUAAAAAAAAAACAAAAAAAAAAAACCACAAAACCAACCCAAACCUGGGACACUUCUGCAACCGGUUAAACCCAUCACUAAACAAAACAACCUUGCAAUUGUCAAACCAAUCAGUCAAAGAAUUUUGUGGAUGCCAAAGAAAUAUUUUGACAGUCAAGCAGCACAGCCAGAAACCGGAAACUUGUCAUUAUGAAAAAAAAUUGGAAGUUAUUUAGCAACCAAGGACUAAAGACACACUCAUACCACACUGCUGCGGCGUUAGGUUCCAAGCUUGCUCCGAGGGAUGCUGCUGCUCCGAGACCGCAUCCUGCCAUUUUGGUUUCCGAUGCUUUUUGCUCAUUUCACUGUGAGCUUUCUUUUUGAAACUCUGAGACUAUUUCGAUUGAUGUUUUAGAGUAGAUCAUCAUCUUUAUCAGCCUUCCAAAGUCCUUAUUAUUGAUAAAAUUGCAGCAAAGAUCAGCGAUGACAGCCCAGCUGAUCCCAGACACGGCGAUCGGUGGGGGCUUCGGGUGGGAUGCCCAGCCCUGCCUAAGCCCAACACUCACCUGGCUGAGACUGACCGUGCCUGGGAAGGAAUCUUCCUCAGAAUGGAAAAAUGUGACGCAAGUUAUUAGUGUUAAAAAAAAAAAAGAAAACAAAAAAACAGCAAAAUACCAACAAAACAGGAACUACCUUUGUUAUAAAUUAGCAUAAUCCAUUGAGGUUGGAAAUGAAAAUCUGCUCAUUAAUUAAGGCUCAGUAUGUUCAGAUAAUGUUAAAUACAGUAAAUAGGACUUAGUUUAUCUUAUCAGGCUUGCUAGCUUUAGCUCCAGUAUCCUAGUAUACGAGUCAUAACAAUAAUCAAUAUGCUGCCUUUUAAUGAAUCUUGCUUCCGUGUGCUUCACUCAAUUAUGGUUAAAAAAAAAGCAAUCCACAAAUUUCACUGUACACAGUUCCAUUCAUCAGCUUCUGCACUACUUGUCUUCUCAGUACAGGAAAGCAAAAAUGGGGAAACUUUAAAGAACAACCAACCUGGCACCUCCAACAUUGGGCAAUAGCACAGUUUGAAACACUCCCAAAACAUCAGGCAUCAUGUUUUGCCAUCAGGAGAUGGGGGAAAAGCUAAGCAAGCUGGUGGGGCACAGGGAGAAGAAUGGGAUGGCAGGAACAGAGUGGAGGAAAAGGGCUCUGGUGAGCUUUGGGGCUGAGCAAGGGCUGGACCAUGGCAGGAUGGCUGCAGCCACCCCAGAGCAUCCCCUGCCUGGAGCAUCCUCGGAGCAGGGGAGUCUGGUGUUCUGGAGAGAAAAUGCACAAGGAAGAUAUUUUUGAUGUUAAUGUAAAUGUAUUUUGAAAUGAAUAGAAAGAGAAGAAAAAAAGGUUUAUUUUAGUACAGAAGUGUUAUCUUUUGAGAUGUAUAAACUGCAGGAAUUGACAUUUGCACUGUAAGAGUAUCUGUUUCCUUGGAGAAGCAGCCGCUGUUGAGAUGAGGAUGCAGAAAGCAUCAUUCCCUGAUGGAGCACAGCCCCACACCAGCCCCAACCCUGAUGGUUGAGGGAGUUUCCCCAGGACAGCUCCCAUUCCACACUCCCAUUUUCCCCACACCCAUCUUUUGAUUUUUUUUUUCUUUUUUCUUUUUUUUUUUUUUCUCUUUUUACUUGCACCUAUUUUAUGGGGUUAGGAUGCCUGCUGUCCCAUGGAGCUCGCCCCAAGGUUGGAUGCAGAAUGGAGCCAGGAUGGAUGCAGGCUGCAGGAAGAUGCUGCUACAGGGCAAGGCAUGAGGUUUGGUUGCUCUUUAAGGAAAUCCCCUGCAGUUUGCACCAUUCCACAUUCAAAACAACCCACUUCACAUCAGUUACAGGAAACGAUAUGAAUGUCACAGGAGGAGAAACCCUUCUGUUUUCUUUGUUUCAAAGAACGUGAUGUGCCAUUUGUUAAUACAAAAGAGAAAUAUUGAAAAUAUAUUGAAAAGAGCAAUUUUAAAUUAUUUUUGGCUUAUGUUGCAAUAUUUAUUUUCUUGUAUUAGAAAUUCCUUUGUAGAGAAAAAAUGUAUUUUUCAUUAAUGCAAAAACCUAUUUCUCCUUUUUGUACAUUUUCCAUGUUAGUUAAUCCUUAAAGCAAUAUAAUGUUAUCAAACUUGUUCUGUGUGAGACUGUAUUAUGCAUGCUAUUUGUGUUGCCUUGGAAUAGCUCUGUCUGCCAUUAUUUUCAUCCUGUUUAGAUACAGUGUAUGCUUUAAUACACAUUGGGACCAUGGCCCAUUGCUUAUGAAAAGAAACCCCUUUGCAUUCCUCAAUGUGUUGGCUAAUGCAGUCAAUAAAGCAGUGUUUUCUGUGUA